AUGGAAAGAAUUCCCUAUGCAUCGGUGGUUGGGAGUUUGAACUAUGUUCAAACAUGUACUCGACCUGAUAUCAACUUUGCUGUUGGAAUGUUGGGUCGAUAUCAAAGUAAUCCCGGAAUGGACCACUGGAAAGCUGCAAAGAAGGUUCUCAGGUAUUUGCAAGGCACCAAAGAGAACAUGCUUACAUAUAGGAGAUCUGAUCAGCUGGAAGUUAUUGGAUAUUCAGAUUCAGACUAUGCCGGAUGCGUUGAUAGCAGAAAAUCGACGUUUGGCUACUUGUUCCUAUUAGCUGGGGGAGCAAUAUCAUGGAAGAGUGGAAAGCAGUCUGUCAUUGCUACUUCCACUAUGGAGGCUGAAUUUGUGGCAUGCUUUGAGGCCACAAUUCAUGCACUAUGGCUGCGGAACUUUAUCUCAGGGCUUCGGAUUGUCGACACUAUAGCCAAGCCGCUGAGAAUUUACUGCGAUAAUUCAGCAGCUGUUUUUUUUUUCAAAGAACGACAAGUACUCGAAGGGUGCUAA